AUGGGGAACUAUAUUUCAUGCACUCUUGCCACCCCUUUGAUCAAGAACAAUAAGGCAGCGAGGGUGAUCUUUCCCAGUGGUGAAGUCCGACAGUGCCGCGAACCCGUCAAGGCCGCCGAGCUCAUGUUUGAGUGCCCGAACUUCUUCCUCGUCAACUCCCAAUCCCUUCACAUUGGCCGGAGAUUCUCCGCACUCAGCGCUGACGAGGAGUUAGAGCUUGGCAACGUUUACGUCACGUUUCCUAUGAGGAGAGUGAAUUCUAUAGUCACGGCAGCGGAUAUGGCGAUUGUUUUCAUGGCAGCCAACUCGGCAGCAAAGCGGAUAUCCGGUGGAAAAUUCAGGAUCUUGCCGGAGUCCGGUACCAGUACUGGUAAGCAAGAGGAGGCCUCCUCGUAUGCGGCAGUGGAGGAAAGCGAGGUUCGAGGUUCAAGGCUAAGUCUGGACAACGGAGUUGAGGGGCUUUCUGCGCUGGAGAUGAAGUAUAGGUUAUCUGUAUGCAGAUCAAGGAAGCCAGUAUUGGAGACGAUAAAGGAAGAGCAAAUUUGUUCAAGAUAA